UGUUUCUCGAAUGCCGGCUGCCUCUCCCCAGAGGGGUGCGUGCCAUGCGUGGGCACCAUGAUGCUGAUGCCUGACAGGAAGAGCCAUGGCGUUUGGAGGAAGGCCGGCCAGGGCUUCCAGCCAUUCCGGCAACUCAGCGCCCAAGGCCGCUGGCCGCAUCCGCAGUACCACUUCCAGUCGGCAGGCCCAGAGCAUCCACAGCUCUCAAAGCGUCAGUGCCCAAAGUGCCCAGAGCGGGCGCCCGCGAAGCGCCCGCUCGGGCCAGGCGUCUGGCCCCGGCCAGGCGUCAGGGCCCGGCCCCAGGCCCCGGAUCCCAGGCGGGGAUGGUGCUUCCAGAAGCAGAAGUCCGGAGGUGUCUUUGCUCCCCGUGCAGGAGUUGACAGAAAGCAUCGUGUCCCAGAUCAUGGCACGGCGGAUAGUCCAGGAGUCAGACCUGGAAGAUCUUCGCUUCAAUGUGAUGUCUGUCCUGCAGCCAGCCCUCAGAAAGAGUAGCUUUGAGGAGGUCCACCGGCUCUCUGCAGAACUGCAAGAGGCCCGGACCCGCACAGCUGCUGCUCGGACAGAGAUAUCCCGCUUGAAGUCAGAGGCGCAAAUACUGGAGCUCAAGAGCACAGAGGCUGAGGAGAAAAGCAGGAGAGCAGAGACUCGAGCCGGCAAGGCGGAGGCUCGCCUGAAGUCUGCCUUGCAGGACCCGAUGACGCUGAAAUUUGGCUCCGAGACUGUCGAGGUCCGGCCAACCACAAGGAAGGAGAAGGACACCGUCGGCCCGCUUCCAGAGCGCGGCAGUUUCACUGGCCCUGGGCCGCAGUCGCCCAGGCGUUCCGUUCUCUCUGGUCAGCCAGCGGGCAGUGGGUCACCCGAAGCCAGCGAAGUUGGAGAGGGCGAAGAAGCCAGCCACCGCGCUCAGAGGCUGUUGGAGAAGCAGCGGAAGAAAGAGGAGGCGGAUGCAGCCCGACGAGCAGCUGAAGAACGAAUGAAGGAUCAGAAAAAGAAAAAACAGGAGGAGAAGGGUAACAAGGAGCACCUGACUGCGAUGAAAGAGAUGGGGGAGGAGCUAAAGAAGGCCAAAGCGGCUGCCAAGGAAGCGGAGAUGCUCAGGAUCAAGGGGGAGCAAGCCGAAGCAGCCGCCAAAGUAGCUGAAAAGGCCAAGGCGGCUGCGGAGAAGAGGCUUGCUGGCGCGGAGCAGGAAGCUCGGCAGCUCUACCAGGAGCUUGAGCAGCUGAAGGCAAUCAGACUCAGCACAACGCUGGAAGAGGAGGCUGGUUCCGCGCAAAAGUCUUCAGCAGCUGAGCAGGAGUUACAGCAGCUUCGCAAGGAACUGGAGCAGCUCAAGGCUUCCAAAGCGGCUGGAAGUGCAACUCUGGAAGAGGACCUUCGAAAUUCCGAAGAGGAAGUAAGAAAGCUCCGACAGGAGCUUGAGCAGCUGAAGACAUCGAAGUUGACUGGAAGUGCAACGCUGGAAGAGGAGGCUGGUCCUGCGCAAAAACCUUCAGCACCUGAGCAGGAGAAGGAAAACGUCAAAGCAGCUGAAAAGCUGGCUGAAAGUGAGAAACAGCGAGAGGCUUUGCAACAGGCUCAUGAGCAAGAGAAGCAACGCCUGGAGGCAGAGAAGCAGGCACAGAAGGAGAAGGAGCUGGACAGCGACUUCAAGGCAGCUGAAAAGCUGGCCGACAAUAUGCAGAAGAAGUACUUCGAGGACCUCCAGUCAGCCUGUUGGACACUCUGGCAAAAGGUCCACUCAGAAAUGGUGACAGAAAAGCGACACGCCGCAGCCAAAAAGCAGCAUGACGAAGAAGUUCAACGCAUGAAAAAGGAGGCCGCUGAAAAGGGCGAGCGGGCUUCAGAGCAAGUGGCCGAGAAGAUGUUUCAGGACAAGUGCAAGGAACUCGUGGAGGAGGUCUACGAAGCAUGGCUGGAGGAUCACCGUCAGGAGAUGGCCGAGAAGAAGCGUCAGACCAUGCAACAGGCUCAUGAGCAAGAGAAGCAGCGCCUAGAAGAGGAGAGGCGAGCGGAGGCUGCACGCCUUGAGGAGGAGCGCAAGCAGAAGGAGAAGGCCAGCGGACAUCAGUCAGCUUUGGCCACACGCCGGAUUUGGUAGCAACCUCUUCCACUUCCUUGUGGUUGGCGCGGAAGGCCUCUUGCCUGACACUGGAGAUGAGGUGACAGGGCUGCUCUCCUGAUAACUUGCUCGGUCAGGCAUGCUCAUUUGAGCCAUUGGCUUAUGCAGAAGUACCACGUUGGCAAACAACGCCGAUUCACCAAGCUCAAUGUUGACAUUCCUUGUUUGCAAGCACUCAGCCUAGUGUUGUUUUUCAAAGCUGGGGAUGCUGUUGAGGGAGAGCCC